AUGAAUGCUACGGUGGAGCUUGCGGGUAACAUGCAGGCUUGGGCCUUUCCGCGAGACUAUGUUCGGGGCAACAGCCGGCUUCGCAAUGGCCAAGGUCUGUCAGGCACAGUGGACGCUUUGCUGCAAUACCUGCGGGCGGACAAUGCGAUCAUCACGGCAGUGUCCCGAAAAUUCGAGGAUGCAGGAAAUGCCGUGGAGCCAUGGUAUGGCACCCGCUUUCGGACGCGUCCGCUGGCACAGCAGCCGCGCUGGCUGCGAGUUCCUGCAGCGCCAGGCUUAGGCCUGCCAGAUCCGAAUCCCUUCUUGCCGCGCAACCUUGAGCUCAAGGCGCUCAAGUCGAAGCCAUCCUCCAAGAAUGCGAUCGUAUUGCCUGAGAGCAAAAUCGAGAAAGUCUGGGAGGCUUUCUUUACGCAAGACACCGAGUAUGGCGUACCCAAAGCCUUUGCCUUCAUCGAGCUGCGGACAAAGCUUCCGCGGAGCAGCGCUCGCGCUGCAGUUUGUGCACGAAUCUACGAAUCCAUGUUUCGACAAGCGUUGCAGGAAACCCUUCUUUAUGAUGCGGAGGUGGCAGGGCUUACCUUCGCCUUCAGCACCUCCAUGCGCGGAGUCGAGCUCUUCUUCGGCGGCUUCGACGAUCGCCUUUCAGACUUCGCAUCGACAGCGCUGGGAGAGCUCCUGGCCUUCGAUGUGGCGAAGAACGCACAAGGCUUCCGCGCACAGGCAGACCUGCUACAAAGAGAGCUGGAGUCUGUCGACACGCAGGAGCCAUUCAAGCAAGCCUCCUAUUGGUCAGGCUUGGCAACUCUUGUGGACGAAAUCUCUUUCAAGGAGCUUCAAGCAGCGCUGGCCGGGCUGAAGGCUUCGGACGUGGCAACCUUUGCAUCGGCACUUUGGGCAUCUCCUGUGGUGGGCCUCUCCCUCUGCGAGGGCAAUUUACGCCAAGAUGAGGCCGACAGCUUGAUCUCGAAUGUGAGGAACCUGCUCAAGUCCGAGAACUUUCUCGCCGCGCCCGAAUCUGAGUGGCCAGUGCCGCGUGUGGCCAAAGUCCCCGUGAACAGCUUUGGCCAGGGCGUGGUCCUGGUUCACCAGAUCACUGACCCCACCGAGGAGAACUCUGCCGUGGAGUUGAGCUUUCAAGCUGGCAGCACUCGAAGCGGUUCUGCUGAAGACUUGAAGCGGCUGUCCGAGCUGCAGGUCCUCUCAGCAAUCCUCAGCGACGAGUUCUACGAGGAACUGCGUGCACGUCAGCAGCUGGGCUAUGUCGUCAGCUGCCGUUUGGACCGGGGAGAAGGGGCCUUCAGACUCGUCUUCCUGGUGCAAGGAGCCGUGUUGGGCCCCAUGGAGGUUCUCGACAGGAUGGACGCCUUCAUCAAAAGCGGGAUGAGCCUGAUCGACGCAAAGUCAGAGCGGGACAUAGCGGCCCUGGCUGACUCGCUGGCCCAGGACAUGAGAAGUCUUUCUGAUGCUUUGAGAAACUGCUAG